AUGACUGCUACAACUUACCCCGAAUUCAACGAUCAGACCGAAGGCUUAGAGGUUGCACAAGCCUUUGCUGAGAAUAUCCGCGGUAAGACAAUAGUCAUCACAGGUGUGAAUCGUAACGGUAUCGGAUAUGCCGCUGCCGAGUCCUUCGCGUCCCAAGGUCCUGCUCAUCUCAUCAUCACGGGUCGAACAGUAUCCAAACUUCAAGAGAGCAUCGACGCUAUGAAGGCCAAAUACCCCAAGGUCGACUACCGCGCCCUUCACAUCGAUCUUUCCAGUCAGCAAGCUGUACGCACCGCGGCUGCCGAGCUUUUGUCUUGGUCCGACAUUCCAACCAUCGAUAUCCUCGUAAAUAGCGCUGGCAUUGCCCUCUUACCAGAACGCACUCUUAGUGUCGAUGGUCACGAGAUCAUUUUCGCUACCAACCACAUCGGACACUUCCUGUUCGCCAAUUUGAUCAUGCCGAAGCUCAUCAAAGCCGCCGAAAACUCUCCCAAGGGACGUACCAGAAUCAUCAACGUCAGCUCUGGCUCUCCAACAGUGACAAGACAACUGCGUUGGAGUGAUAUGAACUUCGAAAAAUUGAACAAAGACCUACCAGAAGAGGAACAACCAAACUAUGACUUGCAGAAGGGGUGGGGAAUCCAAGAUCCUGAGAACAAGUCAUAUACACCCUUGGAAGCUUACAACAUGAGCAAAGUAGCAAAUGUUCUGUUCGGCGUCGGUGCUACUAACAGAUUAUACGAAAAGUACGGGAUCUUGAGUCUGGCGUUACAUCCAGGUGUUAUCAGAACUGAGCUUGGCAGAAGCGCUCAACCUGAAAUUCUUACUGCGGUAGAUAAGUUGCGGGAAAAGGGUUAUUAUUCCUACAGAAGCCUGGGUGCAGGGGCAUCGACAACUAUGGUUGCGGCCUUGGAUCCGAAAUUGGGACCGGGAGAGACCAAGAAUGGAAAAGAGAAUUGGGGUGCAUUCUUGUCUGAUUGUCAGAUCUCUGGUGAUGCUCUGCCAUUGACGGUUUCGAGCAGUGAAGCUGACAAGUUGUGGAAGUAUUCUGAGGAAGUUGUCAAGCAGAAAUUUGACUGGUAA